AUGCUCUCUGCCUCUGUCCCCAACCACACAGCCUUCCAUCCCUCCACGUUCAUUUUACUUGGAAUCCCUGGCAUGCAAGACCAGCACGUGUGGAUCGCCAUCCCCUUCUGCUCCAUGUACCUCCUUGCUCUGGUUGGUAAUGGCACCAUCCUGUACAUCAUCGUAACAGACCGAUCUCUGCAUGAGCCUAUGUACCUCUUCCUGUGCCUGCUCUCCAUUACUGACCUGGUACUCUGUUCCACAACGCUGCCCAAAAUGCUAACAAUAUUCUGGCUUAAGUCUCAUGUCAUUUCUUACCAUGGCUGCCUCACCCAGAUGUUUUUUGUUCAUGCAGUCUUUGCCACCGAGUCAGCUGUGCUGCUGGCCAUGGCUUUCGACCGCUACGUGGCUAUCUGCCGUCCACUUCAUUACACAUCCAUCCUCAAUGCCACCAUGAUUGGGAAGAUUGGCCUGGCAUGUGUGAUUCGUGGCCUUGUCUUUGUUUUUCCCUUUGUCAUUCUCAUCGAACGGCUACCUUUCUGUGGGCAUCAAGUCAUCCCCCAUACCUACUGUGAGCACAUGGGCAUAGCUAAACUGGCCUGUGCUAACAUCAAGCCAAACACCAUUUACGGUCUUACUGUCGCGCUUUCUGUCACCGGCAUGGAUGUGGUUCUCAUCGCUACCUCCUAUAUCCUGAUCUUGCAGGCUGUGUUGCGAUUGCCCUCCAAGGACGCCCAGUUCCGAGCAUUUAGCACAUGUGGAGCCCACAUUUGUGUGAUUCUUGUCUUCUAUAUCCCUGCCUUUUUUUCCUUUUUCACCCACCGUUUUGGCCACCACGUACCUCCUCAGGUCCACAUUAUACUUGCGAAUCUUUAUCUGCUUGUACCUCCUGUGCUCAACCCCAUGGUCUAUGGUAUCAAUACCAAACAGAUCCGCCUAAGAAUAUUGGACUUCCUUACAAGGAGGAGAUAA